GACACGCGUGGGGCCGCGCCUCCCCUCACGCCCCGGCACUCGGCGGGGCCCGGGGGGCGCCAGCCCCCGCUCCGCCACCCGUGGAGGAGGAUGAAGAGGAGGGGGGCUGAGGGGCUCGGCGGCAGCGGGGCUUUCUCCUCCCUCUCUCAACUUUCCCCGUCGGCGCUCCCCGCCCCGCUCGGCGGCAUCACAUGGUGCUGAGGAAGGGGGGGAGCCGCCCCCCAGCCCUCGCCACUCGUACGGCUGCUGCCAGCCUCGGCGCUCAACUCCGGCGGGGCUGGAGCAGGCAGGCAGGGACGCUCCCGGGGCUCCUGACCGCGGCGCAAGGCGGCGGGGAAGCGGCACCAGCGCUCCCGGGGCGCCUCCCUCCUGCUGAUGCCCCUUCGCGACCGCUGCACGCCAGCCCGGCGGCCGCGGCUCCGGGAGGAUGCGGCUCUUCCUCCUCGCCGCAACUUUCUGGGGAUUGUGCCUGGGUGCAGGUUUUGGUUUGCAAAUACAGUGCUACCAGUGUGAGGAGUUCCAGCUGAACAAUGACUGCUCUUCUCCAGAGUUUAUUGUGAAUUGUACAGUGAACGUUCAAGAUAUGUGUCAGAAAGAAGUAAUGGAGAAAAGUUUUGGAAUCAUGUAUCGCAAAUCCUGCGCAUCUUCAGCAGCCUGUCUGAUAGCCUCUGCCGGAUAUCAGUCUUUUUGCUCUCCUGGGAAAGUGAACUCUGUUUGUAUCAGCUGCUGCAACACUCCGCUCUGCAAUGGACCCCGGCCGAAGAAGAGAGGGAAUUCUGGUGUGGUGCCGAGGGCACACGUGAUAACCACUGCUCUGCUCCUUAAAUUGUCUCUCUUGUCUUUGUAUUGCUAAACUUCGAGCAAGUUUUUUGCUCUGCACAGUUUGUCCUGUCUCCUUUCUUCAAAGACACAGCAAUUAUUUUCUAUUUGUUUCCAAAUCCCUAUCAACAGUGAGGAAAGUUCAGUGGCUGUGGGGAGAAAGAGGCUGACAUUUUUGGCAGCUAAUGAACUCAGUUAGCAGAUUGAAUUUCCAGUGUGCAGUUAAAAAUCUAAACAGCAGGAUCCAAAAAUCCUGCUCUUUUUGCAUAACUGGAAACAAAUCCAUCUGUGUUAUUGCAUUUAAGAAGUAGUCAGUUCCUCAGCCACUUUAACUCACAUGUUUUUAAGUUCAUUGCUGAUCAUUA